AACGUAAAACGACGUCAUUUCAGUCCAUUCAGCCUAUCCCUUCCCGUCUUCAUCCAAAACUUCAUUUGCAGGUUCAUAAUCCUUCUCCAAACUUUUCUGGAGAAAGUGAUAAGAAAAUAAGAAACCAAAAAGAAAAAUCAAGAAACCGAAAAUCCGAUAACUAUGAGGUCCUUGCAUUUUACACCAGCAAUUACUCUAAUUUCAAACGUUAAUCCUCGUAUAUCACUCGCAAGUGGCUCUCCUGACCUCUAUUUCCGAAUUUCAUUUAUGCCAAUUCAACCUCUUAAACAUUCAGUCACUCUUCUAAAACCCCAGUCUUAUCCGAAGCCACAGAUUAAUGCAGGAGGAGGAGGAGAAGAAGACCCAGAUUCCCAAGUGGCUCAAGUUCAAGACUUGAGGGUCCCAGAGCAUUGGUUGAUUCCCUCCAAGGCCUUGGAGGAAUCUGAGUGGCUCAGGUUUACCCUUCACAAAUGGUUGGAUGAUGAGUAUUGUCCUGAGGAAACCAACGUGGAAAUCAGCAAGGUUGCUGCCAACUCAUUCUACAAAUCUUUGCUAGAGAAACAAACAGACCUUGGUGAAAUCUUGUUGACGAUGGCUAGAGAAUUGGAAUCCAUCUCCUACCAAGAGAGCUUUCAUGGGGCGUUCUCCUCAGCCAAUGCAGCGGUAAACUUAAUUGCCCAACGCAUAGAGCAGGUUUAGUUGUUUAACCGGUUGCGGUCUCAAAGUAACUAACUGCUAUUUCCCUAAUAAAACACAUUUCUGUCCUUGCUUAUGUAGUCUGAUUUUCUGCAAAUCAAUGUUAAUCAGAGUUUACUAA